AUGGAGGUAUUCGCAUGGUUAGCAUAUGAUACUCCAGGGUUGAACCUAGAGUUUGCUUGCCACAAACUUAACAUCAACCCUUCCACUCGGCCUAUUGUACAGAAAAUUCGAAGGUCCUCAGUUGAGCACACUGAAGCAGUAAUUGUCGAAGUCGAAAAACUCCUGGCAUCAGGAGCGAUCAGAAAAGUGCAGUACCCACAAUGGCUGUCCAACACAGUUGUAGUAAAAAAGAAGAACGGAAAAUUGAGAGUCUGCAUUGACUUCACUUGCCUAAACAAAGCCUGCCCCAAGGAUAGUUUUCCAUUGCCUCGCAUCGAUCAACUGGUAGACUCAACAGCAGGGCAUGGGCGCAUGAGUUUUCUGGACGCCUAUUGCGGUUACCACCAAAUACCACUGUUCGGUCCAGAUCAAGAGAAGACAACAUUUAUCACUCCAAGGGGAACUUAUUGCUACAAAGUAAUGCCGUUUGGCCUUAAGAAAAUGGAACAUAGUUCGAUGGAAAGAUCUUCAAAAAGUUUUGUGUCGACCUCAGAAUCGAAUAUCGGAACUCUUCUCCAGGCACGGCGCUCAACGGGAGAUACACCUUACCCCUUAACUUACGGAUUGGAGGCUGUCAUCCCACUCGAAGUAGGUCUCUCAACCCUCCGGUCUGAAUUGUUUGAAAGCACCAGUAAUAAGGAAGCUAUUGCACAAGCAUUGGAUAUGGCAAAAGGCCGAAGAGAAGCUGCAUUGAUCAGACUUGUAGCAAAUCAGCAGCAACUUAUCAAGAGUUUCAACCAAAAAGUUUUCCCAAGGCAAUUCACACUUGGAGAACUGGUUUUGAGAAAAGUCAUGGAUCACAAAAGGGUGCCUGGCGAAGGGAAACUUAGGCCUAACUGGGAGGGUCCCUACAAAGUCACAGUUGUUACUGGAAAUAGAGCUUACUACCUGGAGGAUCUUAAAGGCCGAGCCAUACCUCGGCCCUGGAAUGUAGCAAAUCUCAAGAAAUACUAUCAAUAG